UCGUGCACUGCGGAGAUAGACAAGUAGAUAGUCUGGGUACUAAGUGAAAAUCAGAGACACGAAAGAAAGACUGUAAUACCAAAACAGGAGAAAAGAUAUUCAGGUUGAAGAGGCUGCUCUUCACAGGUGCUAUGAGAGGCUUGCUGUCCUUCACAGUCCUUGCACUCCUUUUACUGGUGCACAGCUCCCAGGCAGUCUAUGUCCAGGAUGGCAACUUGACAUUCUCCCUUGAAUCUGUGAAGAAGCUAAAGGAGCUUAUGGAUGAGAACAGAGUCAUUAACCCUCGCGUGGUGGUUUCAAAGGCUGGGUAUUCUCCAUGUCAAGAUAAAGAUCUCCCUGAGGAAUUCCAACCUGUGUGUAAAAGAGAAGAUGCACCUAUGAUUUUCGAGAGGCUGUACUUGAUUGCCGGUAAAGCUGAUUUGUGUGAAAUCUGUGCCAAUGCUGCCUGCUCUGGUUGCUUUUGACUAAGGAUGAAAGAUUCCAAAGACAUUGUGCCAAGCUAGGAAGUUUGUGCAUUUGUAUUGCAAGAUCACAUAUCCUCACAAAUCACUAUUUAGGCUUCAUCUUCACUACAGUCAAACUGAAGCUGUUAGCUCAUGUAGACAUUCUAAGGGUAAUUUUGAAGUAGUGAGAUCAGAUAAUACCAGCAAUGCAGGUCUGGUAACAGGAAGACCAAAUUUCAUCUGAGAAGCUGAAGAACCAUGAAGAAAGAGGCUCACACGGAGUGUUGUCUUGCCUUGAGCCAUGCCUGAGUUGUGCAUCUGUCUAUGUGAGCUGUGUCAUGGUUGACUGGAGUGAAAAUAUCCUGGACUCAAUGUUUCAAUUUCCAGUAAUCUAUCUGGAUUGGAACACGAUGGGUCAAACUGAGUAGUCUCCUCUAGCCUUUUAAUAUCUAAAUCUCCCUGUGAUCUGGCUUCCACUACACAUAUACACCUAAGCAGCAUAGGGUUGUAAUCUUUUCCAACUCAAGCUCUCCUGUUGGUUGGGUAAAUGAAUGUCUGUGCCUGUAGGUCUGGUCAUGGUAUGUGUUUGAUUGUAACAGAGCUGUAGCAUAUAACUUGGGGACAAGUCAUAAGUGUUUAGCAACACUGUAAUAGCUAAGAAAUUCUCCAUCUGUUACUUGUACGAAUAUUUAAUGCCAAUUUACAGAGCAGCUGUAGAAGAGCACAGGAGCUAGUAAUCUUUUGCUCAUGGUUGUACAGAAGUUCCCUUCUUUUGGCAGAUGUUCGUUAAGCUCUGUUUAGGAAAAAGGAAAUCCAAGCUGCAAUGCUGGAAUCACUUUGAAAGAAAAACAUUGCCUUGUUUUUGAGUGGUAAUUUGUGAAGAAAGGGUCUACCAAUGUUUGUAUGCUACUGUACAUGAAAUAAAGGUUAGAGACAAUUUUGUUGUUUUGUUAGGUUUUGGUUUUUUGUCUUUCUUUGAUGGUCUACCUACUUCCUUAUCUGCUAUGUAAGUUCUUCCAUGUCUGAAUGUCCACUAGAGUAAAAGAUAACUUGUUAACCUUAAAA